GGAUAAUAUUUUUUACUAAGGACAAAUGUGUAACUUGAUCCUAAACAUUCGGACAAAAUUUUUUGGGCAAAGUGGACAACUAGUAUGGGACGGAGGGAGUAAAAAAUAAAAAAUGUCGGGGGUGUUUUUAGUAAAGUGUCAAUUACCCCCUUGACUGGGAGAACUGAGUAGUCAAACAGUGUAACUGCUGAAAAAAACCCAAAAAGGUUCCGUCCUUCACGCUCACUGAAACAAUGGCCUUACGAGCUGUCGUGAGCAGAGCCAAACCAUGGGCAUGGGUUAGCCGAUGUCAUCAAACUUUCAAAGGCGAAUUUGGAUUCCUUGGUGCAAUCAGCGGUGGUGCCAAAUCCUUUUUUGGCCCUAAUUUGUUCAACAGCCCCUCUCUGGCGUAUCAUAAUCCCUCUCGCAGACGCGACAAUGGCCUGCCUCCAGUGCCAGUCGAGUAUCCUACUGGCCCUGAAUGUUUAGGACGCGUUUUUUCUGUGACCAAUCACAAACAAGCCUUUGCGUCGGCUGAAUUUGCCGUUACCCAGCACAAUGAAACCCAGGGUCGGCAUAUUCGGUUUCAAAGGGUGGUCAGAGCAAGUAGGAUGGUGGUUGUUGCCGGGUACGAUUACUACCUAACAUUGCAAGGGAUUGAUGAGAAUGGCGAUUUACAUAUUUAUUAUGCAGAAGUUCGUCACUGCACAGUUCAAAAGACGAAGCAAUUGCGCAAGUGGCAGCUGGUGGAUGAGUCCUUUUCUUACCCUUUCCAGCUAGUAAGUGAAAGGGAGCGGACCGAUGUACCGUUAUGGAAGUACUGUGGCCACAAUUGGGUAAUAUUAAGAGCGUUUCUGCCUACUGUGUCACUGAAAUACAAAGAACAUACAGGUCAUACAACCUUUGAAGAAUCAAAUCAUGGUAUGUGCGUAGGAAAUCCUGAUCUGCCUAGAAAAACUAUGAACUCUGAUGGAAAUGUACUGCACAUCACUGAUUCAUCUUCUCCGGUCUCAAGUGAUGAUAUCGAACCCCUUCAUAGUCGUACUGCAGCAAGUGCUGAUGUUGUCCCUGUCUACAACAUGAUUCAUUGUGGAAGGGUUGUCUACCAUGCUUUAUCUGCCGUGAGAAUGUUCAAACAAAAGGAGGGUAAGAAAGUUUAUCUUCAGAAGGUGUUACAUGCAAGCAAAGAACAGGUUGAUGGCAAGGUAUUCUACAAUCUAUUGUUGCAAGUGAGGAAUGAUAAAGAGGAGUUCAGUUUUCUCCAUGCAUCACUUGAAGUGUCACAAUUUAAGGAAGAGUUGAUCAAGUGUCACGCGGUGGUUGAAUUAUCUUCUGGCCCCCUUGGGAAAAAACCGGUUUCUGUAGGGGCGAGCAGGGUGUCUUGAGGAGUGUUAAAUAAUUUAAAGAUUCAGUAAGCAGCUUUUUGUAUCAAAGUUGUUGGUUCAUCCCCUCCCUAAGGUUAUCGAAACUAUAUCUUAUAUUGAAAAGUUAUUGGGUACAGCUGUUGUAUCUUAGUGCAGCAAGUACUAGCACCUCCUUUUUUGGUGGUAUAAUUCCCGUAAAAAUUAUCUGUCUCCCCAAAAUUACUAUUUUACUCUUAUUAUUGUGUCUGGCUGCACAGUCCUAUGUGGUACAGCAACUGCACUGAAUAGUCUUUUGUGAUAGUAUGUGGAUGUAGUAUUAUUAUGUAGGAAACUGUAAUGGAAAAAAAAAACCAACCGGCAUAUAACUACUAAUGAUGGAAUGAAAUACUCCUACUAAAAAGACUAAUGUGAUGAUUAUCUCCUGCCACCUCUUGUCUACGUACGUUCUUUAACCUGUUUGGGAAAAUUCAA